AAAAAGAAAGUGCAGUAAGUUUUUGAAAGAAGGAAAGUGGCGUCCUCUCGUCCACGUGUAUUGAACAUGGAGCACGUCGCGUGGACCACCUCCCCGCGCUGGACGUCGGUGGCGGCGGCGUCAAGAACGUGUUUUCUCAGUCUCCUACUCGCUUUACUAGAUGGCAGUAAAAUAACAAGUGCAGUGUUUUCAAAACCGGCAGAAGAGGAACAGCAGGAGAUGACCGAGCAGACAGUUACAGGUACAACAGCAUCUACUUCUGCAGCAGAAGACGAAGAGCAUCGACGUCUUCACCGUGGGCCUACUUUUUCUGCGGUUCUUAUCCAUCCCGACGGGGGGAACUACAACCGAAACGAAGACGACGAGGAUCAAAUAACUUUUGGGGCAGACGAGGAUGUGGAGGACGUCGACGGAGAUGGUACGACAUACGCGCCGACCGUUGGUGGCACGAACUCGAGGUGGAGAGGGAGUUCUUCUUGGGAACAAGGAUCCUCGUCCUCGCGCAGCAGCAGUCAACUGCUCCAGGUUGGAAAAGGAGAGGAAAGCACGGCCGCUGAUAGUACAACCGCGCUCCUUCCCGCCGCGUUUCUCGCCGGCGACGCGAAGCCGCGACUUUUGCUUGAGAAAAUCUGCGGCCCAGACACCAGUUGCGCCAACGUAGAAGAUAUGAAAUGUAAAAAUGUCUGGGUCUGGAAGAAUGCGUGUUUGUCAUGCUUGUCUGGCAUGACUCUUAAAUCUGUCAUGCACGUUGCUCAAGAGCUACACUUUUCUGUGAUGCAGAAACGCAGUUUGUCAUGCAGAAUAGGCAAUACCUAGAAGCUCAGAAACUUGUCAUGCUGAGCCAGUACUUGUGGCCUCAUCAUGAGACGCCCCCCAGCAUCACAAGUUUCCAGACCCAGACAUUUUUACAUUUGAUAGAAAAGAGGCUGGCGGAAUUCUACGGUGCGGAAAGUGUGUAUGGAAGCGUCAGGAUUGAAAUCGUCAAAGUUGAAAAAAUUUGUGAUGCAUAAAAUGCAACCCACAAAGUGUCUGUCUUGCAGAGUAGGCAACGGAGGCAGAUUGUCAGCCUCUUGAGGGGGAGAAAUAGAGCUGCGGAAGUAGCAUGACAAAAGGCGUCUUCCUUACCCAAACAGCAUUACAAACUGGAUUUAGGAACCACCAAAAUUUGUCAUGCGCCACUUGAAAACUGGGCUCCAACUGGCAUCCAUUUUAUGCAUGACAAAUCAUUUCAACUUUGUCGAUUUCGAUUCUGACAGUUCCAUAGUGUGGCGCGGUUGAAGAAACUGACGCUGAGCGAUUUGCUGCAAGCCGCACCGGUUUCCGUCGCGAGUUAUGCGGCGCCGUAUGUUCUUCCGGCGGAAAUGAAAAAUCAUCACAAGCCCACCGUGGUGCCGUGCGCGGAAACAUUUCCCGGUCUCUUCCAGCAGGAACUAGAAAAAAACAUCUACAGCGAGCAGUUUUUUCGCGAAAAAGAGAAAGGCCAGAACGUCUUGCUUGCUGAUCCGCUUACUGAGACGAUCGUCCCGACGUUCGUAGAAAACUAUUUCGAGAAAAUUCACCUGUCCGUGAAGAUUCCGAUCCUGUUUUCCUACCUGGAGUACUACUUUGAGAAAACCGCCCCAGAGGCGACCUCGGUGGCGCUUGGGGCGUGCGCGGAGUCGUCGCCCGGACAGCCCCCGCAGGGUUGCGUGCGGCUCCUAGAAGCAAACUCCUGCUUCGAGCUGGUGCGCAUUUUUGAGGAUUCCGGCCCGGUGUUGUUGUCUACUUUUCACCAGUUUGGUGUCAAGGUGAAUCACGGCCGGAGCCUUUGGAAGUACACGAAUGUGGUAAACCGGGAGUUUCGUGGGCAAGAAGUUACGCCGUCUCCCCUUGAUGUUGUGCAAAGCACGCUGGCAGCACGGCUGGGGCAACUGCACGAAAAAGUACAGCCAACAUCACGAACAGGAGCCCCAGCACCCAGGUACAAGCAGAGCGACAAGAAGGACGAAGACGGCUGUUUGAUGUACGAGGACUAUGACUACCGUCUCUAUAUUCCUCAGGGGGCAACAAGAAGUGGCGCUUUGAGUGAAAGUGGCACCGCGAGUGAUGCAGACACGUCGGCGGGGGCCAUUUUUGGGCGACUGUAUCACACGGAAGUCACUUUUCAAUCGCUCUUCGAGGAUUGUGUCGUGGAGGAGACAAGCGAUAACACUUUCGUGGUGAAUUUGCAAGAGCUGAUCACGGGCAAAAAAUCCCACAAGGAUCAACGGCCGCUGCGCAUUUCCGACCUUGCUUCUGCUUUCGGGGAAAGCUUUCACCUGAUUCAACAACAGCCAGAAGAGGGCGCAGCAGGUGGAGAUGAGACGGCGAGGACGUCGCCCCGGCCCACGGACGGGCCACGUGGUGAAGUGACAGAAGCGACGAGCAGCAGCUCGUUCUUAGUACAAAGUCAAAGAAGAUCUGGCUACAUGCACUAUUUUUUUGAUCAUGAUCAUGAUCUACUUGGUGGGGAUCGCAUGCCCGAUGGUGGCGACGGAUCCUGGGAGUCCAGUGUCGUGCUACCGCCGGAACAUCUGGUCUUAAAGAUGCUUCGCCCCGGGGUGUUCCGCGAGAAAUUGCGGGCAGAGCGUGCCUAUCUACAUGAGUUGUUUGCUGUGGAAGAGCAGGAGCAGGACCAGCGGCAAAACCUGCUCCAGAAGGGACUGUAUCUGCCAGAAAUCCUUGGCGUGCCCUCGCAGAUUGCCGAGGCCAAUCAUUUGAAAACGACCAAGCGCCGCGAGCACGUAAUUAGCGAGGCACGGACGCGGUACGGACAGGCGGUGUUCGUACUGGCUAACGGGUUCCGAUCCUUUCGAGACGCCGUAGGGGUGUUGCUGCGGCUUCGGAUGAAGAGCGAAAGGGCGGUUCUGCAGCAGAUGCGGUUUGCGCUGCGGGUGCGCACUCCCUGGCACAAGGGUCAGUCGCUCGAGUACGACUUCCAAAUGCCCUUCCCACAUCUGGCGACUCUCGACGCGGCUGCAGAGCGGCAGGGGAAGGCGUUGAAGAUGUUUUCUUCCAACCCGCUCGCGGUGGAGGCCUCCGGCGCGGGCGUGGAACCACCCACGGAGCUGGACCAUUUCGGGGCGGAGUUGACCGGGGCGAUGCGGAAGGUGAGGAAGCCGCGGACGAUAUGCAAACGAAAAAUGCCCCGAAUCAGAACUACUUGGCAGCAUUUGUAUUGCAAACUUUUCCAAUAGACACAUUUCCCGUCUUCGUCUUGCAUAUAGCAGCGUCACAAAUUUUCCAUGGUGAAUAGCUCAAUGAAUUUGUAUUGCAAAGAGCCCAGCAGCAGCCGGAUCUCUUAUGCAAAAGAUACCUUGCGCACCUAGAUUCUGCAUCAGAAAGACUCGCAGUCCUUCCAUGCAAGACAGAGAGUUUUCACUUGGAAACUUUGCAUCAGAAACUUUUGCAAGUUCUGGGGUGGGGGCUGCAUUUUUCAUUGUAAUAGACGAAGCAGGAGAUCCUCGAGGCCGGAGGCCGCAUUCAGCUGGAUGAUCGGUACUACGACCCCAUUGUCUCCGUGCUCAGGUCGCACUACAGCCAGCUGCUGGUCCGCCCCCCGGACGAGGAUGCUGAAUCCCUCGACGACGACCAUGGGGAACACCAGACCGUCGAUGGCAGCGAGUUCCUGACCUACGCUCGAAUCUCCGACCCCUCCGCGCUCGACGAGACCGGUAGUGGUACCGUGGAAGAUGGUGCAUCUGUUCCGCGGGCCGCGGUCGUACACCAGAACCAGCAGACUGCUAUGAUGGCAAGGUUCAGUCUCGCCUCGAAUCCCAACCUUGUUGAAAGCACCCGCAGUGCGGCGGCCGGGUUCGGUGCGCAGAGAGUGUACCACCGGUUGCGCAUCCGCUUUUACUCGUCGGCUGUGCACGCCUUCACGCAAGCGUUCCGGCUCUGGAUUCACGAAGCCUGCCCCGGCCGCGAGAUGAAGGAUAAAGCGGGGGCAUUCCACGGCCGCCCGGAUUUGUCCAAUUUGCUUUUUCACUUCUACGAGGACUCUGGUGCAACUCCUGCGUCGAGAGGCAGCAAUAAGAAGAUGUGGGCGGCGCACUCAGACACUAAUUCCAAGCCCACCAAGAAGCGGGUUGUUAGCGUCACCUUUGCGGAUCCUGAAAUUUACUGGCGCAACAAGCGGAAACCAGCACCUGUUUCGAGGUCGGGUUCAUCUGCGUCGUCCCUUGUUGCAUCGUCGGAAGGUACUAAAGAGAAACUGCAAGAUGAUGACAGAAAGACACAGCAGGAGGUCGUGAAGGCGCGACGCUUGAAGCAGUCGAUUCUUUCGCGCUUUUUCGGGAAAUUUUCCAGCAAGAGUGCGGAUUUGCACAACGACCUGCUGUGCGCAAAAACGCACGCCUUGAAGCAGGCUGCGCUGCUGGGGGCGUUCGAAGAUCCGGUCCCGGAUUUGGCCAGUGCCAGACCCAUAGACGUCAGCGACGCGGACGACAGCCGCCUGCGGAUCUGGGCCGAGAACGUGGAGCACGUCGUUGGGAUUUACUUUAAGCUGCGGAAUGAUGUUGAUGAACAGGGCAAGGGCAAUAAGAAAAAAAGCCAUUUUGUGUGCGAUGAACGCCUGCAGACGAAAAUCAUGAACGAGUACUUUGACGUGGGCAAGGCCGCCAUCACCACCUGGGCCAGCGAGCACAGCCAGGAGAAGCAGAGCCAUCUGUUGACGUACAGUUUCGCGCUGCAAAACCGCAUCAACUUGAAGAAUGAACUGGAGCAGCGGGUCUUUCGGGAUGUGUUCCAGAAGGUCAUUCUCGAAUACUUUCACUGCUUUGACUUUGACGAAGCGAAUUUCUACCCCUUUCUGUUUGCGCUGUGGCAGUGGUUCGACGGCCUCGAGGAGCUGAAGACGCGGCUGCAAGCCAUCUUGCCGCUGAACGAGUUCUUGCAAGUUUUCAAUCUGAAAGAGGAGGAGGUAGUCGAGGCGGAUCUACGGCAACAGGGUGGCACUUCAACAUCUGCGCUAGCCGUGUCGAGCGGCAGUUAUAACAAGAAAAGGUUCCAGAAGGAGGGGGUCGCUAGUACAACUAGUAGUGCCUCCUCUGGACGAACAACAAAUAUUGAAAAUGCGUAUGGGGCGGAACAAGACCAACUACCCAAAACCGAUCCUCUUCCGCCGUCCUCGCCACCGAUGGAACUGCUCAUGCGGUACCUCAUGAAACAAGCGACGGGGCAAGUACUCGGGAGAGCCAUCGAGAACAGCAAUGUGUUCAAGCAGACGUAUCUGACAGACCCGCAGCAAAAAGAACUGCUGCAGUAUCCUGAGUAAAAACGUACCCACACCAGAGUCAGGAUGGGGAUUUUGCAACACAAGCCUAGGAGUUUUGUGAGUCACGCAUGACAAGUUGCACUAUGCAGCGUAGUGCAGGUUAGCAAGUGCAGCCGCAUCACAGAUUCAUCUGCUCAUCCUGUUAACAGCAUCACAAGUUCCAAAAUACGAUUGGAAAUGGCUCGCAUGGGGAUGCGCAUUACAAGUCUUCCUGUCUUUGCAAAUCUGCAUUACAACUCUGGCGUGGGUACGUUUUUACUGAGGAUAUGCAGUACAAGUAUUUCAGUGUGGUGUUUGCGGAGAAGCUGCGGAAUGACAAGGAGGACGCAAAACUGAAGAGCGAUGACGGAGAUACAUCAGCGAGGCGGUGGAGCAACUUUCUGCGGUCAUCUCCCACCACCACCAAUGCAGGCACUAGCCGGAGCAACGGGGCCAGGUCCAGUGGCUGGGACCGAUUCAACAUGGCGCUGGCCAAUGCGCGCACUUGGGUUGCGCGGUGAGGAGGUCCUUGUUUCGAGGUCUUGUCGAAAAUUGAUAAAAAGAUCUCGUCCACCGUUGCAGGACAGCAGUAGAAAUUGAGACGACAGCAUCUCCAAAAUCAGUACAUCACAACUUCUUGUUCUCCAGUUCUGUAUAUGUAAAAGUAGAACAUUUUCUCACGAUGAAUUUUACCUGAAGUAAACAAUCUCCAGUGAGAUGGUGCUGGAAGAUGCUAUCAGGUGGAGCAAUUUUUCCAAAUAAAAUCCAGCCACAAUCAGACAGAGACUUAUUCGCACGAAGAAACUACUUAUCCAGAAUAUGUUAUGUGUUUCCGAUUAUACCAACUUCAAACAUCAUCGUGCUCGCUCGUUGUUAGCUUUAACUUUUUACUAUGCAUAAAGAAAACAGGCUAAGGCCCUAAUUCACUGUACCUUAACGAAAUGUUUCAGUUCUUGUUGGCUUGCGCUGCUGUCGCACCGUGUACGUUUUCACUUUGAAUGAUUGCAGACUAUGUCCGUUCGCGGAGGCUGUUUUUGAAAUAAAUUUGAGACCGGUUGUUUAUUUGCGCUUUCAGGAGGC